AAUGGCAGCGCCCAUGAACUGUUGUCGUUCUGAUACACAUUCAGGAAAAUACGCUGCAGUUGCCUAGUCAUGUACGUAUUUUGCUUUGGCCGCCAUGCACUUUUAUUCAUACUUGCAUAGGAUAUACCGUGAUCACCACAUCAGACAUUGACACUUUGUACUUGUAUUGUAAACAUGUUGAGAAAGACAUUGUUAGUUACCACUGUAGUGGGCGUGGUGAGUGUAUUAUAUGCCUAUGGGUACCUAGCUCCAUAUACCCGCAUGUUGAUGCGAUAUAUACCAGACAAUGUAAAGUCUACAAUGGCGCGCUUCAUCGACCUCUCUGACAGCAAAGGGAUAAAGCCUUCAGACAGGAUAUUUACCAAGGAUGAGUUGUGGAAAUACCGCGGGGAGGACGGCGGCAUCGUCUACUUGGCAGUAUUGGGCGAGGUGUUUGAUGUCAGUAAGGGUCGGAAACAUUACGGACCGGGAGGAGGAUAUGAAUUCUUUUCGGGACGUGACGGGUCGCGAGCCUAUGUUUCUGGAGAUUUUACAGAAGCAGGACUUAUUGACGACAUCACGGGACUCUCACUUACAGAUAUCCGGGGUCUGGGCGACUGGGUGAAGUUCUACAGGAAAGACUACAAAUAUGUCGGUAAAGUUGUUGGAAAUUUUUAUGACGAGGCGGGAACGCCGACAGCGGCGUACCACGGCUACCAGAAACAGCUUGCUGCCGCCGAAAACGAAAAUGCGUUAACAGCAGCAGAUUAUAAACGGUUCCCGCCUUGUAACUCCGAGUCAGCGCAAGGAAAAGGCAGAAGACUAUGGUGUUCAAAUCUCAGUGGUGGUAUACAGCGAGACUGGGCAGGGCUUCCAAGAGAGUAUUACAGACCUGGAGCAGCAAAACCACGCUGCGCAUGCGUUAAGGAUGUGGGACCACCAUCAGAAAAAUCAAACAUCGCUUCAGUUGAUAAAAACAAUGGCGAUCUUGACAACCCAAAUAUGAAAAUUUAUACGGGAUGUGAUCCGAAAUCCAUAUCAUGUUCAUUUAAUGAUUUUUAGUGAAAAUUUAAUUUGUUAGGAAGGAACGCUCAAUUAACACAUUCAAUUGUCAUUAUUGUGCAUUGUACAUUGGCAAUGAUAGAUAUUUAAAAAAGGAAACAAGAAAAAAAAACAUGCUAACAAAGACAAUUUUAUUGAAUUUUCAAUUGAAAACACGCAUUUUAUUGAUUGAACACAUUACAUGUGAUUAUUUACAUUUUUACAAACAAGUAUAUUUGUUGAUAUGUGUGUGUUCAUUGGACGUUCCAGAAUUAACAUUUAAUAAUUUAUUUUCCUUUUCAAGUAAUGAAUGAUACAUUUUUGUUUACGCGUCCCAUUGUUAAAGUAAGAUAUAUUCUUGACUGUAGACACAGUUACAAUGACAGUGUCAUUACUGAGAUAUUUUUUUAUCCUGAAUCUUCCAUAUCAAAUAGUUGUUGCACUUCACACGUGUGUCAAUGAAAGACAAUAUGUUGAGUAACAUGUGCCAAUUGUUAACGAAUAUCGAACAAAGUGAAGGGUGUUGAAAGAAAGUAAAAUUGAUAAGAACAUUGAU